CUACUGCUGGGUCUGAUGUUGUACUAUCUGUGCAGGAGGAAGGACCAGACACAGUACGAGGAGCUGCUCUCUACGGUGCCUUCAGUGCCGGCAUGCUCUGCUCCGGUCAUGCUGGUUUCUCAGGGCUCCUGGACCACACCCAGUGAGGUCCCUUUCACUUUACCUCCACGCUUUAUGACACGAAUCCAUGACAACCAGGAGACUGAGGAGAAAGUGGAGGAGGUAGAGGAGGUAGAGGAGGUAGAAGAGGUGGAGGAGCUGGAGGAGAUGAAGAUGGAGGCUCGGAGGGACAUACUGGCCCACCGUGGGUCACUCUCAGUAAGGAGUUGGUACCCAGUUGGGACUCUGCUGGCUGGUCUGUACUCUGCUCCUCCUCUGAAUGAAGUGGUGGCGCCUCCUCCUGGCAUGGCCACACGUCUCUGCUUUUCUGUGGAGUAUCGACACAGCAGCGAACAGCUCAUGGUCUCCUUGCUCCGCCUCGGCAACCUCCCUCCCCCUUUUCACGGCAACGUCACAUUGGUGGAGCUCCGGCUUCUCCCUGAUGACCGGCGGCCCCGCCAGGCCAAAGCCAGAGGCACGGGCCCUGACCCAGAGUUCAACGACUGCUUUGUUUUCCAGGUGUCAGGAGUGUGUGUGCCUCAGAGCACCCUGAGUGUGUGCGUGCUGAGUGUGGAGCAAGACGGUAAACGCCAUGCGGUGGGCAGGGUGCUGUUUCCUCUGGAGGGAGAGCUCGGUCAGGCCGGCAGGGUGCUUUGGAGAGACCUGGAGACCGAGGACGACACACAGUGUUCAGAGCUGGGUGAUGUGAAGGUGUCUCUCAGCUACAGUCCAGCUCUGCAGCGCCUCUCUGUGGUUGUUCUGAGGGCUCGAGGCCUGCAGCUACUCACAGAUGCAGGUGUGUGUGUUCAGGUGAGCUUGCAAAUACACACUCGGAUGGUGAAGAUCAAGCGCAGCUGUGUGGUGAAAGGUGAAACGGACCCCUACUUCAAUCACAGGAUGACCUUUAAACUGCGAUCCCAGCACCUAGACGAGGCCUGCCUGAGGUUUGAGCUGCAGCAGCCAAAUGACAUCAGCUCAGAGCGUCCGGCCCUGCUGGGAGCUCUGGUUUUGGGUCCCUUCAUGUACGCCAGGGGCCCGCAGCUGCAGCACUGGAUGGAUAUGGUCAACACACCGCAGGAGCCGGUUAAACUGUGGCACGGACUCAGCAGGGCCACCUAA